GGCGCCUGCGCAGUGGGCCGGCCUUGGGGGGCGGGAAGCGCUUCGGGGCAGUGGAGCCCAUGUCGGCCCUGAGGCGCACGGGCUACGGCCCCAGUGACGGUCCGCCUUAUGGCCGCUACUACGGGCCUGGGGGUGGAGAUGUGCCCGUGCACCCACCUCCGCCCUUAUAUCCCCCUCGCUCUGAACCUCCCCAGCCUCCCAUUUCCUGGCGGGUGCGCGGGGGCGGCCCGACUGAGACCACCUGGCAGGUAGAAGUCGGAGGAGGCGAUGGCUACUAUCCCUCUGGGGGCGCCUGGCCGGAGCCGGGUCGAACUGCAGGAAGCCCCCAGGAGCAGCCACCAUACUCCAGCUACAAUUCUAGCUAUUGGAAUUCUCCUGCCCGAACUACAGCUCCUUACCCAAGUACAUAUCCCGUAAGACCGGAAUUGCAAGGCCAGAGUUUAAAUUCUUACACAAAUGGAGCAUAUGGUCCACCAUACCCCCCGGGCCCUGGGGCAAAUACUGCCUCGUACCCUGGGGCUUAUUAUGCACCUGGAUAUACUCAGACCAAUUACUCCACGGAAGUUCCAAGCAGCUAUCAUUCACCUGGCAACAGCCCAACCCCAGUCUCUCGUUGGAUGUAUCCGCAGCAGGACUGUCAGACUGAAGUGCCCCCUCUUAGGGGACAGGUUCCAGGAUAUCCUGCUUCACAGAACUCUGGAAUGACCCUGCCCCAUUAUUCUUAUGGGGAUGGUAAUCGUAGUGUACCACAAUCAGGACCGAGUGUACGACCACAAGAGGAUGUGUGGGCUUCUCCUGGUGCUUAUGGAAUGGGAGCCCGCUACCCCUGGCCUUCAGCUACGCCCUCAGCACCACCUGGAAAUCUCUACAUGACUGAAAGUACUUCAUCAUGGCCUAGCAGUGGCUCUCCUCAGCCACCUCCUUCACCACCACCCCACCAAUCCAAGGCUUCUUCAUACCCCUAUAGCCAAACAGAUCAAGGCGUGAACCGGCACAACUUUCCUUGCAGUAUCCAGCAGUAUGAAUCCUCGGGGACAAUGAACAAUGGUAAUUCAGGUCUUGUGGAUCCCCAAGUCCAGUAUAGCGCUGAGCCUCAGCUGUGUGAUAAUGUCACCCAUGAAGAUCCCAGCCAUCAGGAUCCAAGCAGUAGUCAUCCUGAAGAGCGUUUAUCUUCAGAUGAAGAGAGAGAAAUGUCAUCAGUGGAAUCACAGCAGGAACAAUUGUCCCAGUCAGAUCCAUCUCCGUCACCAAACUCAUGCAGUUCCUUUGAGCUAAUAGACAUGGAUGCUGCCAGUUUGUAUGAGCCGGUUUCUCCUCAUUGGUUUUACUGUAAGAUAAUAGAUUCUAAGGAGACAUGGAUUCCUUUCAACUCUCAGGAUUCGCAACAACUGGAAGAGGCAUAUGGCUCUGGAAAAGACUGUAAUGGGAGAGUUGUCCCCACUGAUGGGGGCAGGUAUGAUGUUCAUUUGGGGGAGAGGAUGCGGUAUGCUGUCUACUGGGAUGAGCUAGCGUCAGAAGUAAGACGGUGUACCUGGUUUUAUAAAGGAGACAAAGACAAUAAAUACGUUCCCUACUCGGAAAGCUUCAGCCAAGUGUUAGAGGAAACUUACAUGCUUGCUGUAACUCUGGAUGAAUGGAAAAAGAAACUGGAGUCUCCCAACAGAGAAAUCAUUAUUUUACACAAUCCAAAGCUCAUGGUGCAUUACCAGCCAGUCGCAGGGUCUGAUGAAUGGGGUUCGACACCCACUGAGCAGGGUCGACCAAGAACAGUGAAGAGAGGGGUUGAGAACAUCUCUGUUGACAUUCACUGUGGGGAGCCUUUGCAAAUAGAUCACUUGGUUUUUGUAGUCCAUGGGAUUGGACCAGCUUGUGAUCUCCGCUUUCGAAGCAUUGUACAGUGUGUUAAUGAUUUUCGCAGUGUCUCCUUGAACCUGCUGCAGACCCAUUUUAAGAAAGCCCAGGAAAAUCAGCAGAUUGGAAGGGUAGAAUUUCUUCCAGUCAACUGGCACAGUCCUUUGCAUUCUACUGGUGUGGAUGUAGAUCUGCAGCGAAUAACCCUGCCCAGCAUUAAUCGGCUCAGACACUUCACCAAUGACACAAUCUUGGAUGUCUUCUUCUACAAUAGCCCCACCUACUGUCAGACUAUUGUGGACACAGUUGCUUCUGAAAUGAACAGAAUAUACACACUUUUUCUGCAGAGGAACCCUGAUUUCAAAGGGGGUGUAUCCAUUGCUGGUCAUAGUUUAGGUUCGCUUAUAUUGUUUGAUAUCCUAACAAAUCAGAAAGAUUCUUUGGGGGAUAUUGACAGUGAAAAGGCAUCACCAAAUAUUGAUAUGGAUCAAGGAGACACACCAACACUGGAGGAAGACUUGAAGAAACUUCAGCUUUCAGAGUUCUUUAGUAUCUUUGAGAAGGAGAGAGUAGAUAAAGAAGCGCUGGCUUUAUGUACAGACAAAGAUCUUCAGGAAAUGGGAAUCCCUUUGGGACCAAGAAAGAAGAUAUUAAACUAUUUUAGUGUAAGAAAAACUUCAAUGGGCAUGAAUAGACCAACCCUGCAAUCAGUUUCAGGGAGGAGUACGUCUAAUAUCCCCAAAGAAUCUGAGUUCUGCAGUAAUACUGAUGAUACUAGAAAUCAUACCUUUCUGGAUGUUGGCAUCGGGCAGGUAUUUGUAAAGUACCCCCGGCUCAUCUAUAAACCAGAAAUAUUCUUUGCCUUUGGAUCGCCCAUUGGGAUGUUCCUUACUGUCCGAGGACUAAAAAGAAUUGAUCCAAACUACAGAUUUCCAACGUGCAAAGGUUUCUUCAAUAUUUAUCACCCUUUUGAUCCUGUGGCCUAUAGGAUUGAACCAAUGGUGGUCCCAGGAGUGGAAUUUGAGCCAAUGCUGAUCCCACAUCAUAAAGGCAGGAAGCGGAUGCACUUAGAACUGAGAGAGGGCUUGACCCGGAUGAGUAUGGACCUGAAGAACAACCUGCUAGGUUCCCUGCGGAUGGCCUGGAAGUCUUUCACAAGAGCUCCACACCCUGCCUUACAAGCUUCAGAAACUGCAGAAGAAACUGAAGCCGAGCUGGAAUCAAGUUCCGAGAAGGCCAGUGAUGUUAACACAGAGGAGACUUCUGACGCAGUUAAAGAAGAAGUUCCACCCAUCAAUGUGGGAAUGCUGAACGGAGGCCAACGCAUUGACUAUGUGCUACAGGAGAAACCCAUUGAGAGUUUUAAUGAAUAUUUAUUUGCUUUACAAAGCCAUCUGUGCUACUGGGAGUCUGAAGAUACAGUAUUGCUGGUCCUCAAAGAAAUCUACCAAACCCAGGGCAUCUCCCUUGAUCAGCCUUUACAGUAGACAUGACCCAUCUGUGGCUGCUUAAUGUAAGUUUUUAAUCGUCACGUAUCCGGGAUAGUCCUCAACAUUCCUGACAUGUUACAAGAAACUACGGAACCGCAAGCUCGCUACAAAUACACUUUUCUGUUGUCUGUCACCAGCAUCUAGGUUACUGUUCAUUUUCAGAAGGACUCUGGUUCAGAUGCAUGGGGAAAAGCACAGUAGCUCACUCAGGGGAAGACUGGUGUAUGUUGGGUUAGUGAUUUCAUCCCAUAACACCUGUUGUUUUCAGGAUCUUAAGAGUUGUGAUCAUCUAAGAGUUUCCGUGAUAACAGUUAUAAUUUAAAUCACAAACAGCCCAUCCAGCAUUUUAAACUGUUCAGCCUUUACAUGUGUAACGAGAGUCUGCGUGCUAGCCUGUGGCAUUCUCUCUGCCUGCCUUCCAUUGUGACCGCAUGCCGACCUCUUUUCCCCCUCUCUUCCCCAGCCGGACACUGAGGGAGGCUUCCCCAGAAAACCCACCUGUUGGCUGCUACGGUUUUCCUCUCCUCAGCUGCAUCCAUGUCCUGCAUGUUGCCUGCCACUUACCCACAACUGGGGUCUUUGGAAGAUAAUCUUCCUUUUAGGAAUGAGAGGAGAAGCAAAGGGAAGGCCCGGUUACUGAUUUCGUUUAAAGAACUUGCCAUUCUUCAUGGCUGGGGGUGGUUCGCAUCUUUAACGCUUUAAUGAUAGUGUAUAGGUGCCACAGUUCGAUGCUUUCUUACUUGAGAUGGUAUAAAGUCGGUUUUGGGUUUGAUUUAUUUUUGGUCAGGUAGACAUUUUUCUAGGAAAUGAUUGCUUAUCUUUAGAAAAGCUUGCAGCUUGGAAAGCAAAUUCUUGAGAUUCUGAAGGCAUUUGGGGAUACACUCCUGUCUUGUUGUCUGCACUUGAAGACUAAGUCUACGUGGGGAUAAAAAAGGUUUUGUCAGGCAGGCAGUUUCUUUUUGAACCAACUUUUCUUUCCUACAUGUACUGGAUGAAGAAUGAUGAGAAUGUGGCUUUGAAAGGCUAUUGUUUCCUCUCUACAGACACCUGACAGGCUGAUUAUUGCCAGGAAUCAUGGAUGCUGUGCGUUGUUUUUACGCUGUUUGAGCUGCUGUAAGAGUGUAAAGUGGAUGAUUUAGAUCCCACUAGAUACAUCUUCAUAGAGCAUAAAUGUUACAUAGCCUAGGCCUGCCCUUUUAUAUCAUACUUCAAAUUUGGAGACUGAAGAUGAAGUUUGACUUAGUUAUUUGAUAAGAGCUUCUAUUCUUAUGUUUAGGGUAAAGUUGUAAGAGCUGACAAAUCUGAAGUAGCAUAGCUUUGACUGGCAGUUAGGUUGUAAAUAAAAUCUUCUAGUGGUACCUUUAUGGUGAAACAAAACUUCUGUCAGUCACCUGACAUGUCCACUUGGGCAAAGGCCACAUUGUUUGUCCUCUUUAAAAACAUUUUGUAAACAUCAUAGUCUUCUUAGGCACCCACAACCCAGAAUGCUUAUUUAAAAGGCACUUGGUUACGCACAACCCAGAAUGCUUACUUAAAAGGCACUUUUUUUUGGCAUAGCAGAUAGGUUUGGAAGGAGGAAAUGUUUAAUUCAACUUACUCUGAAAGAAAAACCUGUGCCUGUAGGGUCCCAGGUAUAGCUCAUGUAGGAUCAGGGCCAGCUGAGCCUGGAAUGCACAGAGUGAGGCUUACCUUGCAGACCACAGGGGAUUGUAGGCUAAGUUUUUCAAGGCAUCUGCCCACCACUUUGCAGUAGCUGUUUUCUUCCGCACUGGUUGGAGGUAGUUCUCUUUAUGAGGGUCCUUUAUACUCUCUCUCAGAUUUCCACAGGCCCCUCCUUAGAGAGUAGCAUAGGUAGACCAACUGCGUUUUGUUUUUAUAUAAAAGGUUUUUUUUUUUUUUGUAAAUGUAUCAUGGAAUCCAAAGUACUGGCAUUUAAUAUUCACUUGAGCCAUCCCUCAGGCAGGCAACAGUGGUCUUUAUCCCUUUCUGGAGAGGGAAGGGAAGGUUAAUUAGUGUCGCCCUGGAGAUGGUGAAGGAGAGGUUGGGGUAUAGUCUGAGCCUGGCCUUUCCUCGUCCUUCUGCUUACAGAAUAAUGCUGACUAAGCCACUAAGACGUUUCACAUAUAGGGAAUAUUUUCCAUAUUAAAUAAACCCUGAGUUUCAAGAAAGGGUUACUGAGAAUUAAGUAGCACUCAUUUAUAUUAAAGAGAAAACUUUUUUCACGUUUCUGUCUUCAAAUUUAAAUUUACUCUUCAUAUUAGCAGAAUAGAUAGUAUUUAAAAGUAAACCAAAGGACAAGGAAGAGUGAGUCCCUGCCACCAAAGAUGGACAGUAUGACCCUGGAGACCUGGAUGAGCCACUAUUUGUACUGAUGGUCGUGAGGGGUGGGUUAACGGUAAGAGAGCUUUAUAUCUCAUCCAUACACCUGUGGUAUUAUUAUGGGGUCAUAAGCUUGAUUAAAAUCUUUUAUUUAGUUUUAUAUUAUUUGCACUAUUUCAGUUGUAUCAUGUGCAAUUUCUUGACCAAAUCUAUGUGUAAACCCUGGAACGGCCUUGUUUUGUACGUAGUCCCAGCUGCAGAAUUAGUAUCACUUCCUUCAGCGUGGACAGAUUCAUGGCACCAAUGAGGUUUCUAACAUUUGCACUUUUGAAAUGUUUGUUUUUUACGUGAUUGUAUUUAAAACUUCAGUAAAUACUUAAAUAAAACUCUAUUGACCAGUUGCCUGUGUUUACCUGGCUUCAUCUAUCAUAAAGAAAAUUAAUACAGUAACCAUUUUCUCUUCCCCUAUAUAUUACUGAAACAAGUUUUAAAAACGAAAGUUUUGGGCAAAGAACUAAUAUUUAAGUUCCUUUCCCUUGACUGGCGUUUUCACUGUCAUAAGCAGAUAUAGUUCUGCAUUUAGAGCAUGACAGUUACAAUGUGAUCACUGAGAAUCGUUCAGCAUCUGUAAACAUCAGUCACUGCUACAGACAACACGGCUGAAUCGCUUCUGUCCGACGGGGAAUCAAGUGCUGUACUUCCAAAAUGUUCCCUGCCCCCUAAGUGGUGCUAUA